UCUUGUCAAGAUCUUGAGAAUCAGAUAGAAAUCGAUCUUUGUAGCGGGUCGCAUUACUUUAUUUGGAAAUUAUCGGAGUGAUCUAUAGGCUACUGCAGACUCUUUCUUCACUACUACAUAGUAUUAGCCAUGGCUUCCACCUCAUCUAGCAUCGUUUUCGACGACAUCUUUACGACUGAUGCCAUCGACAAGGACGGCAAAAAAUUCGAUCGAGUAUCUCGAUUAUACGCUCGUUCAAAAAACUAUGACAUGGACUUGACGCUUGACUAUAACAUCGAGCUCUUUCCUCUAGUCAACGGGGACAGCUUCGCAAUGGCCCUUGCUUCGUCACUGUCACGGGACGGUAGUGCACCCACCGAUGGGGAAGAUGGGGAAGACAAAGACAGAGAUGUUUGGAGACCGGAUGGGAAAGGAAGGAGAGGCUUGGAAGAAGAUUACGACUAUGUUAUGUAUGGGAAGGUAUAUAAGUUUGAUACUGGAUCAUCCGACAUCGUCACGGCCUAUGCGUCAUUCGGUGGACUCUUACUGUCAAUAACUGGUUCAUAUCGGCACUUGACCAAUGUUGUUCUCGGUGACCCAGUGUACGUGCUACUGAGGAAAUGAUCGUCGCAGUUUUUCGUACUUCAAAGUACUCCAAUUCUGAAGCAACCAUCGUGACGCACGCACGCAACCAUCACCCUCGUUAUCAAUGAAUUAUAAAUUUGCACGGUGGAGUCAUGCGCGCGCGUACCUUGUCCUGGUCGCGAAGUCACCACUUGAGAUUUGAAUGUGUAUUCACCCUAUAUUUGUCACUCAGCUU